CUUUAUGGUGGGGAGUUUGUGAUUGUAUGGUCUUGCGAGUUAAAAUGCUUCAUCUUCAGCGCCUUCUCCCUCUUCAAGCACACCAAUUACUGGCUUCUCCACUCUCUCUCAUCAACAAGCGUGGAUUAUGGGUAUCUGGGUUUGGAUUGGACAGUUGUGAAUUCAAGAGAAAGGGGACCAAUUUUCAUUCUCAGUGUGCUGUUGAGAAAGACUCCGAGUUUGAGGUUGACCCAGAGAAAGCACGAGAAGCCCUGCGAAAGCUCGAUCAACAGCUUCAAUCUCUUUCAGAGAAACCAACUAAUCCUCCAAAAAUUAGGGAAUUGAGACUUGGAUUUAAAAUUACGUACUCUGCGUCAGAAGAUCCCAAAAAUCUUUUUCCCAAGAGCUUGGCAAAGUUGAAAUAA